UUUCGAUUGGCUGGAACAAGCCGCCAUAUUUACAAUUCGGAGUAACGAUUUAUCCUUGGUUUGGGAAAAAAUUAGAAAAAAGAGAAUGUAUAACGACACUCGCGGCGGUAUCGAUGACAUUGCGCUGCCAUCGAUCGGGCUUAUCCUGACUUCUUGCCGCUCGUAUGUAAAAACAGGAUCUUGUCGUAUUGGUGACAAAAAGUGUUUAUGCGAGAAGGGAUAAUUGCAAAAAAUAUAUUGAAAUAUGAAGUCAACCGUCACCGAUCCAUGGUCGUGUACAGAUACUUGCGGUGAGAAGAAAAUCUCGGAGUCUUGUAGUAGUUUCGAGGACUCCUUCGUCUCAACUGCGUCGAAUUUACAAGAAUUGACAAAAUUGCCUGAUUCCGAGGAGUAUUUGGCGCGACUUUGUAAGUUUUUUCCGCCUCAUUCGAGAUUGAAAAGUAUUCAAGGUGGUACAUCCAAGCAAGAUCUUAUUAAUUCACUGAGUAGUGCAAAAGAGGAUUGUAUCGCUAGACUAAUCACUAAUGGUCAUAAUCUUGAAACAGCCGAAGAACGAGAACUUGCAACUAAUCCACUUAUCAGGCACAUUGCUCCGCAUUUACAAGCCCUUACUGCAAACGAACUAGUUCAUUUACUAAAAGCAGAUGUAUUACAAGCGGUUGUAGAUGAGCAGAAACAAAUAAUCAAAGAUAUUGAAGACAAAUCACUGGAUAGCUCAUUGGAUAAUAAAGAUAAUAACGGAUUAUAAUUGAAGAAAUGACUAGUAA